AUGGCCGCUUCUGCCUCCGUCACAGGCCUAGUGCUUGCCUACUGGCCCUUUGCCAUCCCCGCACUGUUGAUUCUAUACCUAUUCUCUAACCGGUAUCAGAAAGGCUUACGCCAAGUUCCGGGCCCGUUCCUCAAUUCUCUUUCCACUCUCCCGCGGAUAUGGUCCGUGUAUCGGGGCCACCAUCACCUCGAUGACCUCCAACUCCACGCCAAGUAUGGCAAGGUCGUACGAGUGGGCCCUAACCUCGUAUCCAUAGCGGACACCAGCGAGAUCAACCAGCUCUAUGGCAUAACAACAAAAUUCGUCAAGUCUCCCUUUUACGACUUGGCCUCUACCUACGACGAGGAAGGGCUAGUCCCUGAUCCAUUUGUGCUCCGCAAGGACAAGGCGCUGCAUUCUCGUAUGAAGCGCAACGCCGCGAACGCUUACAGUCUAAAUGGCCUGAUCCAGUUCGAGCCAUGGGUCGAACCCGUCUUGUCGCGCUUCAUCCACCACCUGGACGAAUAUGCAUACGAGAAUAAAAUUUGCAAUCUCGGAGAUCGUUUGAAAGAUUUUGCAAUGGAUGCUGUCUGCAACCUAACCUUUGGAACCGAUUUUGGCUAUCUGGAGAAAGGAGACGAGCUUGGAUUCUUCAAUACUAUGGACUUGAUCAAUAACUAUAUGUCUUUGCUUGGCAAUGUUACUUGGCUUCAUCCCUUCCUUCUCGGCAAUCCAUCACAACUCAAGAACUUCAGCGGUUCCGGCAAUCCUCCGGCAGAAGGAGAUGCCAUGACCUUUCUCAGCCGCCUCGCACUGAACCAGACCGCCAACCCGAAAACCAUCACAGACAGGGAAAUCAUCACGCACGCCUUCAACAACGUGGCUGCCGGUGCUGAUACGACCGCCAUUGCUCUGAGAGCGGUCAUCUACUAUAUCCUCAAGGACGAGGAUGUUUAUGCUAGACUGUGCGCCGAGGUUCGGGAGAGGCUCGAGCUGCCAGUGAAGUUUCAGGCCGCUUUCCAGCUCCCUUACCUAAAAGCGGUGAUUCAGGAGGCGAUGCGUAUGCAUCCGUCUGUGGGCCAAAUCCUCGGGCGAAUCGUUCCUGCCGGCGGCGCCACUAUUGGAGGGUACCAUGUCGGUGGUGGUACCGAGGUUGGCAUGUCCCCCUGGGUCUUGCAUCGAGACCCUGCUGUAUACCCCAACCCGGAUCAGUUCAAGCCCGAACGGUGGAUUCUAGGCGAAGCGUGUGCGGACGAGGAGCACCUGAGACGGAUGAAUCGGUCAUUCUUCUCCUUCGGUCACGGCGCUCACACGUGCAGUGGAAAGCAUAUCAGCAUCAUGGAAAUCACCAAACUCAUCCCCACGUUGUUGUUACGAUAUGAUUUGGAGAUGGCGGCUGACUCGCAGUACAAGUUUAAAAACUGGUGGUUUACACCUCAAGAAGGACUCAGGGUCAAGUUCACGCGAAGACAGUAG